GGCCGGGCCGCCAGCGCCAGGGCGCCGCGGGGGCUCCGCCCGGAAGCGGCCGCCGGGGCGCGGGAUGGACGCGGCCGGCGCUGUGGCGAAUUCGCGCGCUGUUUAAUUAGCUAGGGGACAUACUAACGUGGCGUUUCUGUUCUCUUAGCGCAGAGGCCUCUAGUCCGGUAUGGAGCAUGCCUUUACCCCGUUGGAACCCCUGCUUCCCACCGGGAAGUUGAAAUACUGCCUUGUGGUUUUGAAUCAGCCAGUGGACAAAUGUGUUCGUCAUCUUUGGAGCAAAGCUCUUUUAAGAGCCUGUGCUGAUGGAGGUGCUAACCGCCUGUACGAUACCACGGAAGGAGAGAGGGAAAGCUUUUUGCCUGAAUUCAUCAGUGGAGACUUUGAUUCUAUUAGGCCUGAAGUUAAAGAAUAUUAUGCUGUUAAGGGAUGUGAGAUUAUAUCAACGCCUGACCAAGACCAUACUGACUUCACCAAGUGCCUUGAACUGCUCCAAAAAAAGAUAGAGGAAAAAGACCUACAGGUAGAUGUAAUUGUGACCUUGGGAGGUCUCGGUGGGCGUUUUGACCAGAUCAUGGCAUCUGUGAGCACCCUGUUCCAAGUUACUUGCAUCACUCCUGUGCCGAUUAUAAUAAUCCAAGAGGAAUCUCUCAUCUACCUGCUCCAACCAGGAAAGCACAAAUUGCAUGUAGAUACCGGGAUGGAAGGCGACUGGUGUGGCCUUAUUCCUGUCGGACAGCCUUGCAAUCAUGUCACCACAACAGGCCUGAAGUGGAACCUCACAAAUAACGUGCUUGGUUUUGGAACACUGGUCAGUACUUCCAAUACCUACGAUGGAUCUGGUGUCGUGACCGUGGAAACGGACCAUCCGCUCCUCUGGACCAUGGCCAUCAAAAACUAACCCCGCACCUGGCAUCCAUAGCUGUGCCUCUGACUUACCUCAUUUGCCACCGACUUCUCGCUCAACAAGAACAGUUCACCUUGGUUUACAGAAAUGAAACCUCUCCACGGGAAGCCCACUAGUUUUCAAGAUAUUGAUGUUUAGAUAACCCAGGUAACACAAAUGGCAGAUCUCAAUUUUACAGCGAGGGAGAAAAAAAUCAUUAUUUGUUCAAGUAAAUAAGCUCUGCGACAUUCAAUUGGAAAACUAAUGUGGAUCAUGCCACUAUAACAUUCAGUACUGUUAUGUUACUAAUCAUUACAUUUAUCCUAGAAAAUUUUUUUUUAAUUUUGAAGCUGAGAAAGUUCUCUGCUGAGGUUUCUUGGUGUUCAACACGUAAGCCUUCUUCUGCCUGUCCUUAAAUCCAUACCCCAAAGGCUACUUCUGAGUGUCUAUUCAUGCUAGAUUCCUCUGUAUAAUAUAGGAAAAAAUUCCUUUCAGAUUGGGAUGUUAGAACCACACCAUUUCACCCUGGCCUCAUUACUGUCUUGGUAUUAUGAUCUUUUAAAAGUAAAUCAAGAAGCAUUGACCUAAUUAUUAAGUUUGAAAACAGGCAGUUAUGUAAGCUCCACAUGAAGGGAGACACAGCGUGGAAGGUGAGAGGUCAGAAAGCCCCACUGACACAGUCACCCCAAGCUCAGCUCCGCAGUGAGCAUGCUACCCUUUAGCGGAGUGACAGGUGAAAACCGCCCUUGUCAUAUUUACAACCAAGCCUGAAAACGUGCAGAGGACAUCGACGCAUGCAAACUGAAUGGUUUCCGACAUUGCUCAGACUGAAAAAGCAGUGGUUCACAGACCCCAAGUUUAUGCAGAGGACCAGGAAAGGAGUUUGACAACCCGUGGGGAUAAGCGAGCACUGCGUACUGAGGAUCUGGGUCUGAAAGCCUGAGUUCCUGUCCCUGUCCAGCCAUUCACCCAAGUUCCUGAACCUGCUCCUUAGCCAGAAAGUGGAAGGGGCUGCACGGAGGGUGCCUGAGCUUCCUUCCCACAGUCAGAGUCUAGACGCUGACACCUGCCCAUUACCAGGCAGAGAAUGCACAGGGUUGCUGACUCAGCAGUUUAAACACCUGGGGCCCUGGGAUUCAUCCGUGUUUCUAACGAGACCCUCUUCUCUCUUCUUACCCUUUCCUGAAUGAUUUACCAAACCAAACGUUGCCAUACAAACCAUGACAUAGGAACACCCCCCCCCCCCGCCAUGUUUUAGGUACACACAUCCCCAUCCUGCUGCGAGGGAGCAGCAGCCCUUUCCUUCCUGGUGUUGAGACAAAGCAAGAGUCAGGUUUGAAGUGGAGAAUAGAAGGGGGAUCAGCUGAACCAGCGUGCAGUUGUAAACAGCUUACCUGAGAGGUCAUUUUUAGUUAUUAUGCAAAUACAUGAGAUUGAAAUCCGAUGUCAAAUAAAAUUAGUUACCCACGUAUGUUUGUAGUCCACUUUUAAGAUAACAUUCCAUUUUCUCAGUUGUAUUCGUUAUCACCAGUCUCAUAAUCAAGGUUUCUGUACAAAACAAUAAAAUUGCUCAAAGGAUGA